AUGAAGAGGUUUGCAGUCCAACCCAGCGAACCUAGUAAAGUUCUCGUUUUUGAAGAUUCUCCAAACGGAGGUCGAUCGGCUAAAGCAGCUGGAAUGAAAUGCGUUAUGGUACCUAGCGAAGCGAACCGAAAGGAAGCACUCGCCAUUGGGUACGAUUGAGU